UGGCACCGGCUGCGAGAAAGGCUGGUCAGGGGCGUGAGUUCCCCUCCACCAGCACCAAAACAUUGCAAAAAAAGGCAGAGCGCCCCACACUUUAGAUAAGGACAAUUAGCCACCAGCGAGCCCCUGCAGACAGCGAGUUAAUUAGGGGUUUCCUGCUCUCCGGCAUGCCCUGUCCCAGCUCCUGCCCCCCCGGGCUCUUAGCCCUGAUGGCACCUGGGCUGGCUCUCCUGGCGACCUUCUCGCUGUCCUCCCAGGCCGGGGACAGGAGAGCGCUGCCGGUGGAGAAACCUCCAGGUGUGAAGGGAAGGACUCUCAUUCUCCUUGAUGUCAACACCAAGAGCCCUGUCAGGAUAAUCAGUGAGAAUUUCCUCUCCCUGCAGCUGGACCCCUCCAUCAUUCAUGAUGGCUGGCUCGAUUUCUUAAGCUCCCGGCGGCUGGUGACCCUGGCGCGGGGCCUGGCGCCCGCCUUCCUGCGCUUCGCCGGCAAGAGGACGGACUUUCUGCAGUUCCACAACGUGAAGAACCCGGCCAAGACCCGCGGCGGGCCCGGCCCCGACUACUACCUCAAGAACUACGAGGACGACAUUGUUCGCAGUGACAUUGCCCUGGAUAAGCAGAAAGGCUGUAAGAUCGCCCAGCAUCCUGACAUUAUGUUGGAGCUACAGAGGGAAAAGGCAACUCAGAUGCACUUGGUUUUGUUAAAGGAGCAGUUUUCAAACACAUACAGCAACCUCACAUUAACAGCCAGGUCUCUAGACAAACUCUAUAACUUUGCUGACUGCUCUGGCCUUCACCUGAUCUUUGCACUGAAUGCUCUGCGCAGAAAUCCCAAUAACUCCUGGAACAGCUCCAAUGCACUCAGCCUGCUGAAGUACAGUGCCAGCAAGAAAUACAACAUCUCCUGGGAGCUGGGCAAUGAGCCCAAUAACUAUCGGACUUUGAUUGGCCGUUCAGUGAACGGCAGCCAGCUGGGGAAGGACUACAUCCAGCUGAGAAGCCUGCUGCAGCUUAUCCGCACUUAUUCCAGAGCAAACCUCUACGGGCCAAACAUCGGGAGGCCCAGAAAAAAUGUCAUCGCUCUCCUGGAAGGGUUCAUGAAAGUGGCUGGCAGCACGGUGGAUGCUGUUACCUGGCAACAUUACUACAUUGAUGGCCGAGUGGCCAAAGUGACGGACUUCCUGAAAACGCGCCUGUUAGACACGCUCUCUGACCAGAUCAGGAAAAUCCAGAAAGUAGUGAACACGUACGCACCUGGGAAGAAGAUCUGGCUGGAAGGCGUUGGAGCUACCUCAGCUGGAGGCAUGAACAACCUCUCCGAUUCCUAUGCCGCUGGGUUCCUGUGGCUGAACACGCUGGGCUUGCUGGCCAGCCAGGGCAUCGACGUGGUGGUGCGGCACUCCUUCCUCGACCAUGGGCACAACCAUCUCGUGGACCAGAACUUCAACCCUCUGCCGGACUACUGGCUGUCCCUGCUCUACAAGCGGCUCAUCGGCCCCAAGGUCCUGGCGAUCCACGUGGCCGGCCUGCAGCGGAAACCCCGGCCCGGCAGGGUCAUCCGCGACAAGCUUCGCAUUUACGCCCAUUGCACCAGCUACCACAACCACAACUACGUCCGAGGCUCCAUCACCCUUUACAUCAUCAACCUGCAUCGCUCCCGGAAGAAAAUCAAGCUGGCGGGGACGCUGCGGGAUAAGAUCGUCCACCAGUACCUGCUGCAGCCCUACGGCAAAGAGGGGCUCCACUCCAAGUCGGUGCAGCUCAAUGGGCAGCCGUUGGCCAUGGUGGACGACGGCACCCUGCCCGAGCUAAAGCCUCGUGCGCUGCGGGCCGGCCGCACGCUGGUCAUCCCGCCGCUGACCAUGAGCUUCUACGUGGUGAAGAACGUGAACGCGCUGGCCUGCCGGUACCGGUAGCCGGGAACGGCGCCGCGCCGCUCGCUCAGCCGCCUCGCACAGCUUCGCCGCGACGCCGCGCGGACCUGCCCUCGGCGUGUCCCCUUCGCCGGCCGGCGGCUUCCCGGGGAGCUCGGCCACCCGGGAGGGGACAAGCCAGCCCCGGCGCCGGCGGCUCCCCUGCACCUCUUCCAGCCCCGUUCCCGGCCGGGAGCGGGCAGCAAGGCCGAGCCGGCGGCGGUGUACAAGCGCAUGGAAGCAGCUCCCUCUGCUGCCAUGCGGCUGCUGCGUCGCCGGCCCGCUGCCCGCGCAGGGAUGCGAUGCCCGCGCAGGGAUGCUGCCGGGCAGAGCUGGGCAGAGCCGGGCAGAGCUGGGGAGGGAUGGGCUCCGCCGGCCCUCGGCGUGGCCUCUGGGCUCCACGUGGGUGCCCAGCCUGGCUGGCGAGGGGCGGGCAGUGGCAUCGGGUCCCAGCGCCGGGGGUCCAGCCUGAGGCGCGUGGGCAGGGCUCCGGGGGGCUAUGCUGUAAAUGUUAAUUAUUAAAUUAUAUGCCCUGGAGAGGGGAAGCUGGGGCCGGCGGGCACGCGGGGCAGGGGAGCCCCCUUUGCGCUUCUGCUCGCCCCGGGGCAGGGAAGGGCAGCGGCACGGGUGUGAAUAUUUCCUUCCAGAACAGAGAUUUUAUUUCGAGCACGACCAGCCGGGGCCUGCUGAGAGCCGGGCGCCGGAGCUGCCACACGCCGAGACGGCAGCUGAGGUGUAAUAAAGUCGCGCUGUCACCCCA